AUGGUCCUUGCUGUUCCAUUCAGUAUAUGGACCUUGUUCCAACAACACAUUUUCUUGAGUGCGCUGGUGUUCUUGCUCACCCGAUUGGUUAACAGGCGCUAUUUCUCUCCUCUUUCAUCAUAUCCAGGCCCCUUUCUGGCUUCCGUCACGAGACUGUGGAAAGCAUGGGUCGUGGCCAAAGGCCAGGCUCAGCAGGAUUUCAUCCAACUGCAUCGUAAAUAUGGACCUAUUGUUCGUGUAGGACCUAAUGAGCUCUCAUUUGCAUCACCCACUGCAGCUCGGGAUAUUUUGGCUCCGGGAAAUGGAUUCAGAAAAACUGAAUUUUACAACGUCUUCCCUCCAAAACAUGCCCCGGACAUCUUCACAGAAACCAGGGAAUGGAAACAUGCAGCAAUGAAGCGUGUUGCGGUGGUUCCUUAUAGCCUCGCUAGCGUGCAGAAGAUGAGCCCAUGGAUCGAAGAUGUGCAGAAGGAAAUGGUUCGAAAACUUGGUCAGUAUGCCGACGGUACUGGAGUCUGCAACCUUGGAGAUUUGCUGCACUUUUUCGCAUUUGAUGUCGUUGGGGAAUUCGCCUUUUCACAGCGGUAUGGCUUUUUGGAGCAGGAGACAGAUGUAGGGGGGACGAUAAAAUUCAUCGACACCUUGCAAUGGUACAAUGGUAUUAUUGGUCAAGUGCCAGAGCUGCGCCACAUCUUGCUAAACAACCCUUUGGUGCAGUUCUUUCUAACAUCAUUCGGACUGCCCAAGGUCACGGAGAUGGCAAUGAAUGAGUUGCAGAAAAGGAAGCAAUCCGGAGAAUUUUUCCUUGAGCCUGACAGAAAGGAUCUUUUAGGGCAAUUAAUCGCAGGGCGGUACAAGAACCCAACCAAGUUUUCAGAGAUGGACAUCUUUGCUGUCUCGCAUGGAGCAAUUGGUGCAGGGGCAGACUCGACCGCGUCCACAAUGCAAUCUUUCUGCCAUUUUGUAUUAUCAAACUCAGACGUAUAUUCACGGUUGAAAGAGGAGAUCAGAGGGGCUGAUCUCUCCCCGGGGGUGGGCUGGCAAGAAGCUCAAGACCUGUCAUACUUCCAGGCAUGUCUGAUGGAAACAAUGCGCAUGAAACCGGCUGUCGGGCUAAGUAUUCCCCGAUACAUCCCACCAGCUGGGGCCACCAUUGAUGGAAAGCGAUAUCCAGGCGGACUGGUGGCUGGGGUAAAUGCGUGGGUGGUACAUCGCGACGAAGCCUUAUUCGGAGAAUUUCCAGACCAAUUCCGGCCAGAACGCUGGCUUAAAAGUGACACCAAGGAGAUGAAGAUGCACAUGUAUCAGUUCGGUGGAGGUGGCCAUCUCUGCAUUGGUCGAAACCUUGCCCAAUUUGAAAUGAGCAAGAUUUUGCCGCAGCUCAUCAUGAACUUCGACUUUGAGCUGGUUGAGCCUGGAAAGCCAUUAAAAUCGCACACAACAUUUUUCGUUGUGCAGAAUGGUCUGGAGGUACACGUUAAACGGGUCGGGGGAUAG